AUGCAGUUAUCAAUAUCAGUGUACAAAUUUUACAGGCUUACAGUAACAGCGACUUGUCCGAUGAACCUUAAACUAUUUCCAAUGGAUACACAGAAGUGUCAACUGGAAAUUGAAAGCUAUGGUUAUACCGCAAAUGAUACAAAGUAUAAAUUUGGUGAUAAUCAGGAUCCAAACAGUGCCGCUGUUGCCUUCAGUCCCAAUAUUUCAUUACCUCAAUUUGAACUUACAUAUUAUAAAGUCAACUACAGAAAUGCAGUAACAACCUCGGGCGUCUAUGAGCGUUUAUCGUUCGAGGUAGUGUUGACGAGAAAUUUAGGCUUUUAUUUGAUGAAUAUUAUUAUACCGUCAAUACUGAUUGUUACAAUUUCUUGGGUAUCAUUUUGGUUAAAUCGUGAGGCAUCACCAGCACGAGUUGGACUCGGUGUUACAACUGUGCUUACGAUGACAACACUGAUAACCACAACAAAUAAUGCUAUGCCAAAAGUUAGCUAUAUCAAAGGACUGGAUUAUUUUCUCAAUUUUUGUUUCGUAAUGGUUUUUGCCAGUCUUGUUGAAUAUGCUGUAGUUAGCUAUUUGAAUAAAAAGAUGGCCCAGCAGCGGGAACGGCGUAGAAAGUUGGGUGAACAAGCGGCGCCGGUAGAAAUGCCCGUUUUUUAUAAUCAUGCAGCCUUAAAAGGCACUAUGCGGCACGAUCGGCUAAAUGGUCCACGUAGUCCGCAUGUGAUGAAUUCAGUGGAUAUGCCACCGGAAUGUGAAUGUCGUACAAUUCCGUUGAUACAGCCGCCAAGGAUGGUACCGGCAAUGGGUACAUGGCCGGCACCAUUUGGUAAAGUUAAACGUCCGCCGGGUCCAUGUCGUGCCUGUACACCAGCAAAAAUUGACAAAUAUUCUCGAUAUUUCUUUCCUAUUACAUUCAUAUCAUUUAACAUUAUUUAUUGGGCCGUUAUGUGGUAUCAGAGUUGGCAGGUUGACUUGGAAGGUUAUGUAAAGAUAUCAAACGAUGAGAAUAAGACGACUAUGGUUAAUACAACGGUUGCACCGGUUACCACUGAAACGCCAUCGUUUUCCGAAUAUUGA